AUAUUUCAUAUUACGAGUAUAUUAAUUUGAAGAUGAAUAAGUUCAUCAACAAAUAAAUAAAGUCCUCCGAUAGUGGGAUUUUUCGACGCAUCUAUGAGACGAGUGAAUAACGCUUUAGGAAAUUUUACAGUAUUGCCGAGUGGCAACCUUCAAGGGACGCCAUUUGAAAACAAAAGCGCGGCAGCAAAAUUUUACUAAAAAUCAGAUAAAUUCCGAUAUAAUGGGAGCCAAAGCGUCUAAAAUUGAGGGCGAGUACUUGCCAGAUACGCCAACAUUGAAUAAACUUCGGUUGGGCAGUUGUAAAGCCGAAAAUUUGGAAAUGACCACUCCAAUUAAAGACAGCAACGCAUUGCUCGACCCACGCUCGCCCAAUGGCUGCCGUACACCCUUAAAUUUCUUACAGCCAGAGCAGCAGGCACAACCUGUGAGGACAGCAGAUCACCCCACAUCGGCGCCGACCGAAAAUGCAUUUUCUCAGCUGCGCAAGCGUCUGCUAAAGGGAUUCUCUCUGAACGAUCCGCGUUCACCACAGCUAAAUCGCACACCGCUCAUACUAGAUGAAGUGCGCUCCCUGAACCUGGAUGACACAUUUGCGGAUCUCUUUGUGGAUACACGUGCUCCAGCCCGACCAACAGCCGAGAUGCCAGCAGCAAACAGCAUCGAUUCGCCAUAUCAGAGUCUAUCACCAGCGUCUGCCGAACCAGGCGAUGUAAGCUGCGACAGCUUUGGCACGCCGCCCCAGACACACCACAACAACAGCUCGCUGGAAAUUGUUUCCCUGCCGUACGAUGAGGAAGAGACCAUGCCCUGCACGGCGGAGCUGCCGGGGACGCCGCCAGCGCAGGGGCACUAUGAUCCACGUUCGCCCAGCAUUGGGGUCGAGCGCACGCCGAUAAUGUUCUGCGACGACGAAGAGGAAGAGGCACGCGAGUCAGAGAUGCUGGAACAGAUCUUGGAAACGCUCACACUCAAUCUCAGUGCGGAGAGCAGCAUGGCCUCGUUUGCCAGCGCUGGAACCGACACGAAUCUGGAAGAGCCCCAAAUACCAGGCACCUCGGAGAGGCAGCCGGCAAACAAGCACUUGGACCGAGUGCGACUGGGCAAUAAGCGACGUGUGGCUCCCCGUAAGCCGGCACGCGCCAGCAAGACCAAGAUCUAUAUGGAUAAGGAGUCGUCACCCUCCGGCGCAAGUACACCGAAAACCACACCCCAAGCCACACCAAAGCGUACACCACUCAGCUGUGUCAAGAAUCGGCCCCACUUGCGAUCUCGCUCCGUGGAAAGGGAGCUGCGAAAAUCGCAGUUGCCGCUGCAUAGCUUCGAUGAUCAGUUGAAUCAUUCGGAGCGGUUCAAUGGGUCCAGCCUGCGCAGGCUGAUGUCGGGCACUGAUUCCCAGAUUGGCGCCAUGUACUAAUCCUAUUUAGUAGUUCCCACCUGCCUUAUGCCCAGCCAUGAGCUACCAAAUCAUUAUAUCUAAUCAUACCCAUAUUCAUUUCACUUUCAAAUAAAUCAUUUUAUUUCCAUG